CGCGGAGCAGCCAUUACACGCAGGACGGUGUUACGAAGCGGUGCUGUCCGGCGCGCGCCAGAACAAAAGUCGCCUUGGACCGACGACGAGUUGUGUGCUCGUCGACCAUGGCCACCCCACGACCGAGGCUGUUGUACCGCAUCACAGACGUGAAAGCCAAAGAAGAAUGGGUGGACGGGAGUCGCCGCAGCCACUGUGUCAUAUGCACCAAGAAAUUCUUCCUCACGAUGGGAAAGCACCACUGCCGCCGAUGCGGCGACGUCAUUUGCAAGGACUGCUCGACCUUUUCGCUUGCACAGGUUCCAGGGGUCGGACGUGUGAAAGUUCGUACGUGCAGGCUGUGUCACGCCAAGGACGUCGAGGCCGGCGAGUAUUUGGCGCCGCCGUCGUCGUCGUCCGAAGAUGACGACCUCGAAGACGAACUUCUCCAAAAGUCGGAAAUGAUGCUCUUCAGUCCCCGCCGCAACCAAACACCUCAAGCCGCCGCCGCCGCCGCCGCGGAAUCUACCGAUCGCCUCUGCCGAAAACUCGAUCAAACCACCAUCACGGAAGAGGAAGAAGACCGGUACACCGUCCAGUCGUACGCAUCUGGGGAUAGCACCACGGACACCAUGUCCCCCAAACUUAAUUUCAAAUAACUUGUACCGAGCUUGUAUUGUCGAGAGCGC